GGGAAUCAUAAUUAUCAAUAGCGCCAUGUCACCAAGCUGAAUAUGAAAAUAUCCAUCUUUUUACGAAUUUUUGAGCUAGAAUCAUUUAAUUUUAUUUACUUUCUGCAUAUUCUAGGAGCAGCUUUGCUGACCGUAUUGCCUAUCCACGGGUUUCCAUCAAGCUGCGUUGAAAAAGCUCAGAAAAUUCAGGGCACGGGUGACUUUGUGGAGGCCAUGAAAUAUAUUUGAUAUUUGGCAGAUAGAGAGGAUGGGUAUAAAUGCUGAAAGAUUAAACGAAGAACUGCUAACAGUGGGACUAAAUACGCUGGAGCUUGAGCACAAUCAUAAACACGAAGACAGAGAAAAAACCGGUCGGUGCGCUGAAGAACUGGAAAUACCCAUCGAUCGCUUUGGAGACACAGUUUUCUACUUCCAAAAACGUUCUAAAUAUUUUGUCGAGCUGCACUGGUUCCCAGCGGUUCAAAUUUGCAAUACCAAAAGUCGAAGUCACUCCGAUGAAAAAGCUCACGAUGAGAAAAUGCAUGAAACCGUUGAUCAGGUUGAACAAUCUGUAUUUGGUAGCGAUGAGGGCAACAAUACGUUUUUCUUUACAGGCAUGAUGGACCUCUCCAGCAGCAAAAUGUACGCUCUCGAGUUGAACGACGAAAAUAUUUUUGCGCCGUGGCCCGACAAAGUAGGGCCUGAUAACGAACUUCCGAGUUGCCCGUCAUCAAGCGGUUUCGUGCCCAAGGAUAAAAAUUGCGUGUCGCACAGAGAAAAAAUUUUGUGUGGCCUCCUGGAGGUGUGUGGCCAAUGAAAAAUAGUUUUAAAAAAUCUUUUGGAUUUUAA